GUACUAAAGUUUUUUAUAUAGCAAACGUUUUCAUUUUCAUCUUCAUAUCCACCACUUGGUCACAUGGACCAUCUCAGUCUUAUUCUCCUACUCUUCCUGUUCCUUCCCACCUGCUUCUCUACCUUUCAAACUCCUUUCCACAAGGAAUUUUCAAAUCAAAGCUCUUCUUUGAAGCAGCAGAUUUUUGAGUUAGCUAACAAUCCUAGCAUGGUGGAAUGGAUGAAGAGUAUAAGGAGGGAAAUUCAUGAGUACCCAGAACUUGCAUAUGAAGAGUUCAAGACAAGUGCUCUCAUAAGACGUGAGCUUGACAAGUUGGGUGUUAAUUACAAGUGGCCUGUGGCAAAGACUGGUGUGGUGGCUAAAAUUGGUUCUGGGUCUCCCCCUUUUGUUGCACUUAGAGCAGACAUGGAUGCUUUGCCUAUUCAGGAAUUGGUUGAUUGGGAUCAUAAGAGCAAAGUAGAUGGCAAAAUGCAUGCUUGUGCGCACGAUGCACAUGUUGCCAUGCUUCUUGGGGCUGCAAAGAUACUGCAAGAAAUGCAAGAAAAGUUACAGACUACUGUGGUGUUAAUAUUCCAACCAGCUGAGGAAAAAGGCACAGGUGCAAAAGACAUGAUCCAAGAACAGGUGCUUGAAGAUGUAGGGGCUAUUUUCGGGUUGCACUUGGGGCCAGAGUAUCCCACGGGAGUUGUUGCAUCACGGCCCGGAGAAUUUUUAGCCGGAUGUGGAAGCUUCAAAGCAAAGAUCAAUGGAAGAGGAGGUUUAGCAGGAAUUCCCCAACAUUGUUUUGAUCCAGUUAUUGCUGCUUCAACAUCAGUGAUUAGCUUGCAAAACAUUGUCUCAAGGGAGGCUGACCCUUUGGAUUCUCAGGUGCUUUCUGUGGCCAUGGUCCAUGCAGGGUCUGCUCAUGACAUCAUCCCUGAUUCAGCCACAAUUGGAGGCACUUAUAGAGCAUUCAGCAAAAAAAGCUUCUAUGCACUGAGGAAAAGGAUAGAAGAGGUUAUUAAAGGGCAAGCAGAAGUGCAUAGGUGCUCUGCAGAGGUUCAGUUCUUUGGUAAUGGACAUCCCACAAUCCCUCCAACUACAAAUGAUGAGAGAAUAUACCAAUUAGCACGGCAAGUCUCAAGUAAGAUUGUUGGAGAAGAAAACGUAGAAUUAUCCCCCGUCUUCACAGCGAGUGAAGACUUUGCAUUUUACUUGGAAAAAGUACCUGGCUCAUUCCUUCUUGUGGGAAUGAGAAAUGAGAAGAGUGGAUCCGUAUAUCCUGCUCAUAGUCCCUACUUUUUAGUUGACGAAGAUGUGCUUCCCAUUGGAGCUGCAAUUCAUGCAGCAUUUGCUCUUUCAUACCAUUCAUAUUCAACUAAUUCUUACUUUUAGUAAUACAUUCUACCACUUACAUCUGAAAAUUUGAUAAUGUGCUAAUAUUCUUCACUUAAGUAGGUGUCAGUGGAGUAAAUUCUUUAGAGGCACGUUGAAUUUGCUGGACGAGGGUGAUAAUACAAAUGACUAACCUUUGACAUU